AUCCUCCCACCUCAGCCUCCCAAAAUGCUUCCUCUCUCCUAGUUUCCUUCACCCUAGCCUUCUUCCCUUUACUUAUAUGUUAGGGUAUGUCUGUGUGUGUGCAUAUACACACAGUGUCUGACCCCAAGAGAUCAGGAAGAUCUGCCAAAUCUACUUGGAAUCUCUUGCUGAAGGCAGGGAAAACAGAUGCAAGGAAAGUGGUGUUAGGGAACAGGGAGGUAGCAUGAGGAGAAGGACUGACAGAGAAGAAGAUAAAGGCAGGGAGAGGGUUUGCUGAGAAUUCAAAGCUAUCCAAGCAGAAAGGGACCUCCAAGGUCAACUUGUCCAACUCCCUGGUUUUACAAAUGAGGAAACAGAGGCCCAGAGAAGUGAGACGGCUUGCCCAACAUCACACUGCUGCUUUGUGGCAGAGCUGCAACUAGAACCCAAGUCAAAAGACAAGGGGCUGGAGGGGAGUGUGUAUUCAAGGCUCUAAAGCGAUUUUGACAAGAAGGAGAAAGAGAGACUGACUCACAGAAAGAACUGACGAAUGUAGAUUUCCAAUAGAUGUUUGGAGUAUGGAGAUACAGGGGCAGGAUGGGAAGUGCCUAGAAGACAUUAUAGAACAGUAGAGUCAGGUUCUAGACCUCAUCCUGCUCUUAUUUAUCAGCUUCAGUCUCGGUGUCUGAUGUACCUUUAGAAUCUUUAUGCAAACCAAUCUUAUAAACUAAGCUUGCAACACCCCAGCGCAGUUCUUAACAAGUGCUUACUAAGUCUUUACUAAGGUUGUUAUAUUACCUCAGAAGAGGAAAGGCUUGUGGUUGUAUGGGUUCGGGUGUGGCCCAAAUGACCCUGUGAGGACACAGGGCAGAGGUCCAGUGUCUCCAGAGCCCAUUCCUUCUGUGCCUCUGCUGCCUGCAACUGAUAAACCUCUUAUCUGGCCUAGGCAGGGGAGCCCAGGGCCAGGAUAGGAGUGGGCAGAGCUGCUAUCAGCCACCAGGCCUGGGCCAUAUCUUGGAGAGGGGGAGGGGCUGUCUGCUUGACUCUUUCCACAACAUGUUCUUGGGGAUCCCCAAGCAUAUACUGUCAUCAUCUUGGAAAGAAAAGGGUGAGGACCUAACACUGAGGACAGAGGAGGAAAGCAGGGCGCCCCUGAUGCUGCCCUAGAAAAUGGAAAAGAAAACAUAGCAAAAAAAAGCAGAAGACCUGACUCUGCCCCUAGCCAGGAAAACAGUUUUAGGGGGCUAAAAAGUAGGGGAAAGAGUGGGCAUUUUGCCUGGAUAAAAGGUUUCUAGAGCCAUCUGGGCUUUGGGGGAACCUGGACUACACUCUGGUCCAGUAGGAUGUCCCCGUGUCCUCCCCAGCAGAGCAGAAACAGAGUGAUACAGCUGUCUACUUCAGAACUAGGAGAGAUGGAACUGACUUGGCAGGAGAUCAUGUCCAUCACCGAGCUGCAGGGUCUAAAUGCUCCAAGUGAGCCAUCGUUUGAACCCCAAGCCCCAGCCCCAUACCUUGGACCUCCACCACCCACAGCUUACUGCCCCUGCUCAAUCCACCCAGAUGCUGGCUUCCCACUUCCUCCACCAUCUUAUGAGCUCCCAGCAACCACAUCCCAUGUCCCAGAUCCCCCAUACUCCUAUGGCAACAUGGCCAUACCAGUCUCCAAACCACUGACCCUCUCAGGCCUGCUCAGUGAGCCGCUCCAAGACCCCUUAGCCCUCCUGGACAUUGGGCUGCCAGCGGGGCCACCUAAGCCCCAAGAAGACCCAGAAUCCGACUCGGGAUUAUCCCUCAACUAUAGCGAUGCUGAAUCCCUUGAGCUGGAGGGGACAGAGGCUGGUCGGCGGCGCAGCGAAUACGUAGAGAUGUACCCAGUGGAGUACCCCUACUCACUCAUGCCCAGCUCCUUGGCCCACUCCAACUAUGCCUUGCCAGCUGCUGAGACCCCCUCGGCCUUAGAGCCCUCUUCAGGCCCUGUGCGGGCUAAGCCCACUGCACGCGGGGAGGCAGGGAGUCGGGAUGAACGUCGGGCCUUGGCCAUGAAGAUUCCUUUUCCUACAGACAAGAUUGUCAACUUGCCGGUAGACGACUUUAAUGAGCUAUUGGCGAGGUACCCGCUGACAGAGAGCCAGCUGGCGCUAGUCCGGGACAUCCGACGACGGGGCAAAAACAAGGUGGCAGCCCAGAACUGCCGCAAGAGGAAGCUGGAAACCAUAGUGCAGCUGGAGCGGGAGCUGGAGCGGCUGAGCAGUGAGCGGGAGCGGCUUCUCAGGGCCCGCGGGGAGGCCGACCGGACCCUGGAGGCCAUGCGCCAACAGCUGACAGAGCUAUAUCGUGACAUUUUCCAGCACCUUCGGGAUGAAUCAGGCAACAGCUACUCUCCUGAAGAGUACGCGCUGCAACAGGCUGCUGAUGGGACCAUCUUCCUGGUGCCCCGGGGGACCAAGAUGGAGGCCACAGACUGAGCUGGCCCAGAGGGGUGGAACUGGUGAUGGGAUUUCCUUCAUUCCCUUCUGAUAAAGGUACUCCCCAACCCAGAAAGAGCUGAGUUCUCUAGACCAGAAGAGGAUGACAAUGGGAACGGGUGUUUAGAAGUUCCAAGGUGUGUUCAAAGAGGCUUGCCUUGAGGGAGGACUGGAAUCAGUCUUCCCUGACUCAGCUUCUCAGGUCUUCAGCCUCCACCUCUUGUCCAAGCUUUGGUCUAUAAAGUGCGCUACAGAAAUAGC